AAUAGUGUGGAAGAAAUACAUAUCGGGCCUACUCGCUUACCAAACAGCUGAUUCUAGUAAACAAACGUAUGAUGGUACGCAUCACCACCAACUCCUUCCUCUAAAAGGAUCUCCCAUGAGUCACGCUACACGGCAAGUAAAGGCUGUGGCCACCCAUCAACCAAUCCCAGUGCAGUUUACAAGUGGCUGGUGGGAUAGUGGAUAUCAUGUGGAAAAGGACUCAAAAGAAAAUGAAACAGGGCACAAAGAUAUCUCCAGACAACCUUACAGAUGGAAGGGUGUUAGAGGCCAAGAAUGCAACGUAAAAGAGAUGGGCAGGGUGGAGCAGGAUGUUACUAUUCCUGAGCCUCGUGGGGUGCCACUCUGCUCUUUGGCCGAGCUAAAGCUGCGCUUUUUGUGCCCAAGUGACUUACCUGAGGUGAAAGCUUUGUGUCGAGAAUGGUUUCCUAUACAGUAUCCAGACAUGUGGUACGAGGACAUUACAACAAAUCCUCGCCUCUAUGCUCUGGCUGCAACAUUUAACAUGCAGAUCAUUGGGCUUCUGGUGGCAGAAACCAAGCCACUUUCUAAGAUGAAUAAAGAGAUAUUUUUACCUCCAUCACUUACUGGGCAAACACAGAUCGGUUACAUCCUGACUCUGGGUGUAAGUAAUGCCCAUCGUGGUCAUGGCAUUGCUUCGCUACUCCUGGACAAUUACCUCUCUCAGCUGUCUACCCAUGAAGCACCGCAUGUCCAGGCUGUGCUCCUACAUGUUCUUACCACUAACCAGCAGGCCAUAGCCUUUUACCAGCGCCACAACUUUGUACGCCACACAUUUCUACCUUAUUAUUACAACAUCAAGGGGAAGCCAAAGGACGCUUUUUCCUAUGUGAGAUACGUGAAUGGAGGACAUCCACCAUGGACACUGUUAGAUUACCUCCAACACUGGACCCAAGCACUGACAGCACAUGAAGUAUGUUGGUGGCCAGUUAGACUGUUAUCCAAGUUUUGGGGCCUUAUUGCUCGUUCAGCCACAGCUGUCAUGGCCCACCGCCUCUCCUAGCACAAGAUUUCAAUAAAGACAAGGACUCUCACAUGGCAAGGUCUCAUCACUAGAGAUGGUAUUUGCAAGGCAGGUAUAUUUAUUUUUUUUUAUAAAUAUAGAUGAAAAGCUUCCAUUUUCAAAUUUCAUAAAAUCUGGGGAGGAAUUACUAUGAAAACAUUGUGUUCUCAUACAUAGCUCAUAACAGUAAUUCAGUAGCAGAAUAAAUUCAUAGUAGUGCAAUAUAUUUUUAAAAUUUAUUUUGUCUAGUGAAAUAAUAAAAUGUACUUUAUAUACAUACAUAUAUAUUACAUUAAGAAGUGCCAGUGUUUUCCACUUCUCAUUUUACAGCUCAAAAUAUGUUUCAUAAUUAGUGCAGAAAGUUCUUUUGAUAAGAGAACUGAUAAUUUAGAGGUGAAUAUUAU